AAGUUUGGGCCGGAGCUGCGGAGAAGCACGUCUCCAGGCAUUUGAGUGCCAUGGCAUUCGUUAAGGUGCUGAAGAAUCCGGCGUACUUCAGGCGCUUCCAGGUGGCGCGGCGCCGGCGCCGUGAGGGCAAGACAGACUACCAUGCUCGCAGGAAGAUGGUGCGACAGGACAAGAACAAGUUCAACAACCGGAAAUACCGACUAGUGGUUCGAUUCACCAACAAGCGCUGCAUUUGCCAGUGCGUUUACGCAACCCUGCGGGGAGAUGUUGUGGUUGCAGCCGCAUCAUCUCAUGAGUUGGAGCACUUUGGCAUUGUUGCGGGGUACAAGAACUAUGCGGCUGCCUAUGCCACUGGGCUGCUUGUUGCUCGCAGAGUGCUGAAGAAGUUUGGGUUGGAUGAGAAGUUCAAGGGGAAAGAAGAGAUUGAUGGCGAGGAGUACCAUGUUGAAGAUGAAGACGGUGAGCAGCGCCCCUUCAAGUGCAUCCUUGAUGUCGGAAUCCGACGCACAUGCGUGGGACACAGAAUGUGGGGUGCAUUGAAGGGAGCAGUCGAUGGCGGGCUGCACGUGCCUCACAAGGCCAAGAAUUUCCCUGGCUUCAAAGCUGCGGACGAGAAAGGUGGAGAGUCCGAGUAUGAUGCAGAGGCUCACAAAGAGAAGAUCUUUGGCGGCCACGUGAAAGAGUACAUGGAGAUGUUGCAGGAAGAGGAUCCUACAAAGUACGAAGCUCACUUCUCCAAGUACAUCGCAGCUGGCAUUGACGCAGAGAAGAUGGAGGACAUGUACACAGAGGCUCAUGAGAAGAUCCGGGAAGAUCCAACUGGUGAGAUGGCAGAGAAGAAGGACAUCACCUACGAGAAGGACGGCGACACCAUGAAGGCUUCUGAUGGUACUGAGCAUGCGCGAAGCCAGAAGAUUACCUUGGAGAAGAGGAGAGAGAAGGUGGCUGCAAAGAUUGCAGCGGCGCAGGCCAAGAUGAUGGAAGACUGAGCAUACUUGCCCGUACUUGUUCAAAGAGUAAGCGCCGUGCGGCCCUGCGGUUGCAGAAGGAAGACGUGUUGUGCUAAAAGCGUGCAGUGCUAGUGUUCACUUGCAUGCAGACAACUUUGCGUCCGAUGUUUGAGCCUGACGAUGGCCAAGACUGUGUGAGGCAUUAGGGUGACUGGCGUGUUUUGAGCAUCAAGCAGAUCGCUGAAAGUGCACAAGUCUAUUGGUUGCUUGACGUUGCAGGAGCGUUUUGGACCGAAGGGCCACGCUCGCCAUGGCAUUCGUUAAGGUGCUGAAGAAUCCGGCGUACUUCAGGCGCUUCCAGGUGGCGCGGCGCCGGCGCCGUGAGGGCAAGACAGACUACCAUGCUCGCAGGAAGAUGGUGCGACAGGACAAGAACAAGUUCAACAACCGGAAAUACCGACUAGUGGUUCGAUUCACCAACAAGCGCUGCAUUUGCCAGUGCGUUUACGCAACCCUGCGGGGAGAUGUUGUGGUUGCAGCCGCAUCAUCUCAUGAGUUGGAGCACUUUGGCAUUGUUGCGGGGUACAAGAACUAUGCGGCUGCCUAUGCCACUGGACUGCUUGUUGCUCGCAGAGUGCUGAAGAAGUUUGGUUUGGAUGAGAAGUUCAAGGGGAAAGAAGAGAUUGAUGGCGAGGAGUACCAUGUUGAAGAUGAAGACGGUGAGCAGCGCCCCUUCAAGUGCAUCCUUGAUGUCGGAAUCCGACGCACAUGCGUGGGACACAGAAUGUGGGGUGCAUUGAAGGGAGCAGUCGAUGGCGGGCUGCACGUGCCUCACAAGGCCAAGAAUUUCCCUGGCUUCAAAGCUGCGGACGAGAAAGGUGGAGAGUCCGAGUAUGAUGCAGAGGCUCACAAAGAGAAGAUCUUUGGCGGCCACGUGAAAGAGUACAUGGAGAUGUUGCAGGAAGAGGAUCCUACAAAGUACGAAGCUCACUUCUCCAAGUACAUCGCAGCUGGCAUUGACGCAGAGAAGAUGGAGGACAUGUACACAGAGGCUCAUGAGAAGAUCCGGGAAGAUCCAACUGGUGAGAUGGCAGAGAAGAAGGACAUCACCUACGAGAAGGACGGCGACACCAUGAAGGCUUCUGAUGGUACUGAGCAUGCGCGAAGCCAGAAGAUUACCUUGGAGAAGAGGAGGGAGAAGGUGGCUGCCAAGAUUGCGGCGGCGCAGGCCAAGAUGAUGGAGGAUUGAAAUAUGCCAUGCGAGAGCUGCCCUUUGCCUA